AGAUUGCCACAUCACACAGAGACAUGAACAUGUACACCCCUCAGAGUCUGAUGCUUGUCCUCUGCCGUAAGUUCUGGUAUAUUUUUAAAAUUAAAAAAACAUUUUUUAAUAGGUAAUCUAAGUACAUUUCAACUUUACAUAUGUUAUCCUACAAAGAUAAUGUGCAGUAAAACCUUUGUUUUGUUAAGCCUAGAUUUUAAAAGUACACCCUGAGAAACUUGAUUUUAAACAUUUCCAAAUCAUUCUCUUGUGAAGGUGGAUAGUGUAGAGGGUUUGUAACAUUAAAGGAAAAGACCUUAUUUUGUUUUGAUUUUUUCAUUUCUUUACAGUCACUUUGCACCGUGGAUCCAAAGCAGCAGAAGUGACCCAUGUGUUUGGAUAUGAAGGAAAAGAUGUUCAUGUUUCCUGUCCCUAUGGAGAGGGGUACGAGUCUUAUAUGAAGUACCUGUGCAAGAAUGACUGCAGUAGUGAUGAUGUUCUCAUAACAACAGGAGAAGACCUGCACAAAUACUCCAUUCAUGAUGACACUGAGAAACACGUAUUCACAGUGACCAUCUCCAAUCUGAGUCACACGGAUGCUGGAAAAUACUGGUGUAUGGUGUCAAAAUUUUUGACAGACCUCAGCACAGAAGUGAAAUUGGAAGUCUUAACAGGUGAGCAAAAACCUCAAGUAUAGAAAAUCACAUAAACUAAAGGAAAAAAAAAACAUUUAAUGUUUGAAACAAAGCCUCAUCUUUGGCUCGUUUCAAUUCUGAUUCAAGCAUAAAAAUAUCUAUAAAAACUUUGUAACAGUACCACUCCAAUUUAAAACUAAAUGUAUGUAUGCAUGCAUGUAUGUAUGUAUGUAUGUAUGCAUGUAUGCAUGUAUGUAUGUAUGUAUGUAUGUAUGUAUGUAUGUAUGUAUGUAUGUAUGUAUGUACUGUAUGUAUGUAUAUGUAUUUAUGUUACCUGCUGUGUUUUCCUUUUUUUUCUAUUGGCAGACAGCUGCUGUGAUGGAUCAACCAAACUUCAAAGUUAUGAGGAAAGUUCAGUGUCCUUCAGAUGUCCAUAUGUGCCCAAGGACCAGAACAAUCUGAAGUACCUGUGCAGAGGGAAGCAGCCCUCCACCUGUCUGCAGCAGGCACUGAUCACAUCUGACCACCAACAAAAAGGACGAUUCAAUCUUUCUGAUAACAAACAGUCCAGGGAAUUCACAGUGACCAUUGCCAGUUUGACACAAAAGGACUCUGGGUCAUACCUCUGUGGUGUCCAAAGAAACCCCAGACCGGAUGUUUUCACAGCUGUUGAUCUGGAGGUCAAAGGUCAGAGGUCAUAGCUCUAUCCAUCAUGCAAUUUUUUCUUAUUUAUUGUAUUCUUUACAAAGAUAAUCUUUAUCAUAAAACUGUGUAGUUUACCUUGAUGAGGUAUGCUGAGUUGAAAUCAUUUUACUCAAACGUCCCACUGUUUGACAGAGUGGUGUUGUGUGGAGUCCAGUGAACUGAGGGGCACUGUGGGAGAUCAAGUUACCAUGCAGUGUCCCUAUCCACCACAGCACAAGAACAACAGGAAGUUCAUCUGCAAAGGAGACCACCGUACAAGCUGUGCAGACAUGAUGAGUCAGAGCAGAUUCUCUCUGCAAGAAAAUGUUUCUCUGAGCUCUUUCUCAGUGAGGAUCAUAGAGCUGAAAGCAGAGGAUGCUGGGACAUACUGGUGUGGGUCAGACCAUCAGUGGAGGGUGGGAAAGUACACCAAGACCUACCUGUCAGUGGGUAAGAUCAUGAUGAGAGCAACAGAGUAAUGUAGGAUAAUAUUCUAUAAAAUGAGAUAGCUUGAAUUAAUCCACCUAUCAAUUGGCCUAACAAGUAAUAUUUACAGAUUUCCAACCUGGUUUUAUUUGUUUGUGAGUUUGUGUAUGCAUGUAUGUAUACUUACGUGGGAAAGUCUUUGCUCACUACACCACUUACUCAAAAAAAAAAACAAAUGCCCACCAAAAUAGAGAUCUGACUCAAGACAUUUUGCUACUUCUGCUUUUUAACCCGUGAACGCUAUCGCUAAAAUUAGUAACACCAUCACUAUCGCCGGGUGAUUUUUAUUCGAAAUAAUAUACCCAAGAAAAAGUACUUGUCAUCAAAAUAUAUCAAAAUAGGACAACACAUGACAAAUUAAAGUAGUUUCCUUUAUUUUUAACUGUGCAAUGUCCAAAGGGAGGGAAAAGUGCCACUAGGGGACCAUAUAAAAAUGCAAUAAAAUGACAAAAAUUCAGCAUCUAUGAACAAAAAAAUCUAAAUCUUUUCCACCCAUUCCUGGGGCAUGUGAGUCUUCCCUGGUGAAGACUCAGGGUCCUUGGCAAAUAACAGCUGCAGGAGAGAGAACCAAAAUAUGGUAUAUUUUGACUGAGUAAAAAUGACCAGCUGACUAAAAUAUUUCUUAUUACCAUAUGAAUUCCCUUGAAAAUCACUUCUUUGUGAUAGUUAUUCAUAACCACUGCGCUAAGUAAAGAUAGCGUGCAAAUUCCAGGACAACUCUUAUUUUUUUAUUUUUUUUCAAUAAUAUUUUUUAUUGAUUUUUUUCAAAUUUUAAACAAUACACGACAAACAGACACAAACAGCUCACCUCAGAAACGUAACAAAGACACAUUUAAUAUAAAAAUGAGUGUACAGUACCUACAUUGGACAAUAAAAUCAAACGUCAAUCAUAGAGUGCUUGGUGCUUUGCAGUCAGUGUGGGUGAUCAAUAAAAGAAAAAAGAAACAAGCACGGACUCAGGGGGAGGACCACUCUUACUGACCUUAUUCGCCUACAUGCAGCUAUCAAAUCCACCUAAACCUACUUUACCCUCUAUCACUAUUGCUGUGUGUAAAAUCACCCGAACACGUGCCUGUAGGAAACAAUGGAUUUUGGAUCAAGGAAACAAAUAUGCCUUCAAUGAUGUCAAAGGCAAUGCUGAAGCUACCCAAGGACCCAUGAUACUCAAACAAACGCAACAUAAUGAAAAUCACAUAAACAUGUUUGGUCGGGUGAAAAUCACCCGGCGAUAGCGUUCUAGGGUUAAUGAGAUAGUGUUUACACAUAUGUGAGGAGUGUGCUGCUAAUGUGUUUCUCUCCCAGCAGCAGUGCCUCUUAACAUGAUGGAGUACAUACUGCCUAUAGGCCUGGCUCUUCUGACGUUUCUCACAAUGGCUUUGGUGAUCGUUUAUAGAGUUAGAUGUUACAAAAAACAAGGUACGUUUCUUCCACAUUUGCACACACAAAGACACAAAUACGUUUGCUUUGGUGAGAUUUUAUGUGUUUUUCCAGGAGCUGAUGUCAUCAUGGAUGGGAUUGCUAUACCCCUUGAUGCAGUGACACAUGAAGAGGUAGGCCAUAGAAAAUUAUGGUCGAGGGUAGGGGCUUCAGAGUAUGAAUAUAAUAAAGAACAAACAGAAACUUCUGUAACUAUUUGUCAAACUUAUUUGAAUCCACAUAGAACCUCCUAGAUAACACUUAGGGGGUUUGACUGGUGGCUGGUUUCUCCACACACAACAGUCUAUCAUUAUAACAAAGAUUUCAAAAGCUUCAUGUAUUCAAUUAUCAAUGUAAGGGAAGCAAAAGCCAGAAAAGGCUGGAGUUGACUUCGUUGUGGGGUUUUUGCACUACCAUUGGUUGAGCUUAAUGUUGUACAUUUGUUAUUUAUCUUUCAGAAGUGCAGUGUGGUGCUACUAUUAAUUAACUUGUACAUAUCAUUCAUGAGGAUACAUUUAAAGAUGGUUUAACAAUAUGCCCUGCAUCCCACCAUCUUGUGUAUUACACACCAUCUGGGUAAUGUGAGACCAUAUAUUGUGAAUGUGUGUUGUUCUUUGGGGCUGCAGUAUGGGUGAAUAGCCCAAGACAAAUUUCAUCUGAUCUUAUCUUAUCUUAUCUCAUCUUAUCUUAUCGUAUCUUUGCAUAUGUUUUCUUAAUUUAUUCUGCUAAUUGGAUAAUUCUGAAAGCCUAAAGUACAGAUAAAGUUGUAUCUAUAACAGGUAAAAUAUGAGUUUGGAGAUACAAUUCUGGAGGCAAAUGUGCAAAAAUGCGUAAUGUAAAUGUUAUAAUAAGGCAACAGCUUACAUUCGAGGGAAAAAGGAUGCAGUUAGCUUAAAAAACUGAAGCUAGAAUUUUCUAUAAAGACACAGUUUGCAUGGCUUUGGUGAGAUGCGCGCACAAAGCUCAUCGUAUCUUAUCUGAUCUUAUUGUAUCUUAUCUCAUCUCAUCUUAUCUUUCCUCAUCUCAUCUUAUCUCAUCUUACCUCAUCUCAUCUUAUCUUAAAUCAUCUUACCUCAUCUCAUCUUAUCCUAUCUCGUCUCAUCUCAUCUUAUCUCAUCUUGCCUCAUCUCAUCUUAUCUUAGCAUAUGUUUUCUUAAUUUAUCCUGCCUGUCUAAUUGGAUAGUUCUGAAAGUCUGAUGUACUGAUAAAGUUGUAUCUAAAAACAGGUAAAAUAUGAGUUUGAAGAUAUAACUCUGAAGGCAAAUGUGCAGAAAUGUAUAAUGUAGAUGUUUAAAUAAGACAAAAGCCUACAUUUGAGGGUAAAAGGAUGCAAUUAGUUUAAUGAACUAUUUUUGAAGCUAAAAUAUUUUAUUAAGUUACAGUUUGCAAAGCUUUAGUGAGACACGUACACAAAGCUCUAAAAAUGUUAAACAUAUUGUAUUCUCAACUCAACUUUCUCUUGUGUGUUCUGCCUUUCCUCUUUUUUUAAGAACUAUGAAAACUUGCAGCAAAACGGUCAAGGUACACAGAGAGCAGAGGAGAUCUACUGGAACUAAACACAGCUGUGCCAGAGGUACUAAACAGUGAGCACAGUGGUGGCCAAAAUUAGGAAUCAAGGGACACAAUUGUUUUACUGAACAAUAAAGUUUGUAACUUAAUGUAAUUUAUGACUAACAAACAGAUACUCAUGUACUAACUAACUUUGGCCCGACCCUCUCAUUGUCUGACUGAGUACUUGGUAGGUUUAGAUGUUGUUGCACCAUUUGUACCGGACCAUCCUGUUGAUAAAUGUAAGCUCCAUAAUGUAUUUCAAACAUAUUGCUGCUUUUGUGUAACUAUUUUUUCUUUUUUCGUUCAACUCUUCAAAGUCAAUGUUUGCAAGGAAUUUUUUAGCAAGUAAGGUCUGACUGUCUUUGUCUGAAUGAUUAUUUUUAAAAUUGUGCUGCUUUAAAUAAAAUAAAAAAUCCCAUUUACACAUCAAAAGCAUUUUGUCUCUGUUAAAUUAAGUUAAUUUAUCAAAAAACAUACUUCUAAAAUCCCAAUGCAGUAUUCCAUGUUGUUUUUUUUUAAUUAUGAGGCGAAUUAUAAUCUGAUUAAAUAGGAUCUAUGUUUGUCUAAGAGGAUUAUCUGUGAUUGAAUGAACAGGGAAAAU